AUGCCGAAUCCGCUCGCGAUUGGUUUUUGGCGACAGCCAAGGACAAAACACACGUUGCAAAGCACUUCGUCGCCCUCAGCACGAACACAGGCUGUCACCGCGUUUGGCAUUGACAAGGCAAACAUGUUCACCUUCUGGGACUGGGUUGCACCUCCUCCCCGAUUUCGUGAUGCCACCCAAGCAUACAUAACCCCCCUCGGAUCGCAACAAGAAUUUGAACUCGGGUGCUUCCUUCGUGACACAUAUCUCAAUCCCCAUUCGCCAUCCUUCAUUCAGAACAUCAGCACUGACGUAGUCAAUAUCGAUCAACUGGCAGUCCGCGCGGAUGCUGGUGGAGGAAAUGUUAUCCUGGACUCCGCGUACGCUCUGCUUCAGGGUCUAUACCCACCCACAUAUAAGUCAGAGAUGAUUUUGGCAAAUGGACAAACGGCCCUCCCUCCUCUUGGAGGAUACCAGUAUGUUCCAGUGCAAUCUUUGGAGUUUUGGCAAGCUCCGUCUCUCACAAGCUGGAUGGAUUGCGAGUAUUUCCAAUUCCACCUGGCGCGAGUUUACACUGCAUCUGCAUUCACGAAUAUGUCCGUCGCCGCCGAGCCCUUUCUAACUGCACUUAAACCGUAUUUGGGGAGCGUCAAUAACAACCUCACGAAUAUAUGGAAUAUAUACGAUCAUGUGAACGUCCAGUACACCCAUAACAAGACCUAUUAUGAAACCCUGCCUGCGACCUUCCUCGAGCAAGCUCGCUAUUAUGCUAAUUGGGUCCAAAACAACGUCUUCACUGAUACAGUGCAAAAUGGCGUCGGCCAAAUUGCCAUUCGCACUCUGUUCCCGGAGAUCUUCUGGGCCUUGGGUAACAUGACCCAGCCUUCUAACCAAGUUAAAAUUUCUAUCCAGGAGGUCGAUUACAAGCCGUUCAUAAGUCUGUUCAAUGUCACAAACGCUACUGUAGCCGACCCUGACAUUGCUGGUAUCGUUGACUAUGCUUCUGUUGUUGCUUUCGAGUUGUCGCAGAACUCGCAAGGUCAACAUGAGGUCAGCAUGAAGUUCAAAAAUGGCACUCAAGACAGCGAGUUCCGUCAACUGAAAAUGUUUGGCAACACGAGCAUCACCCUUGACAGCUUCAUUCACCAACUUGAUUGGACCACUAUCAAUUCUACUAUUAACUGGUGCUUUUCCUGCAAUCAGACUGUCCUGCGCGGAUGCUCUGUCUUUAACUACAGUGCCGACCCGUUCUUGCACCCCGGUACUACGACUAACGCGUAGACUCGGAUGACAUGAGAUUACUGGUUUUUUUUGGCUUUCUGUAAUCGUUUGGAACUCAAUCGCUUCUGGAUCCCGAGGGUUUCGUAGAACAUGUAAUUACACCCCACUUUAAGGGAGAUCAUCAGACUAGUGUUCACAACGUAAAAGAUGUCAUUUUCCGAAAUAUCGAUUCGAGUACUUUGUGAUUCAUAAUGUUGAUGUCUUUCUGAUGCGCC